AUGGCUUUCAAAAAUGGGCUCAGCGAACGCCUCGACGAGCUUCGAUUCCCCUCUCCUCGAUCUCCUCCGUCGGAGUCCGCCUUUCCUGGUUAUAGUGCACUCUCGCCAGGCCGUUCGAACUAUGUGCCGGGGUUCUCACGUCCCUCGGGGGACGUUCGCGCCAACCUUCAACGCCGCUUCACAACGGACUCGAGCAAGAUCUCGUCAUUGAAUUAUUUGAGCCAGGGGGCUGCCCAGAUUCCGGAUCCUCUGGAUCUGCUCUCUUCGUUCGAGAAAAAGCGCCAGCAUAUCGAGUACAUGCGCGAGCAGAAACGCAGAUUUGAGGAGGACAUGAAACUCCUCGAUAUGCAACACGAGAAAGAAAAAAUUGAAAUGGACCAGCUUGCCCGCGACCUUGCCAAGGCUGGCUUGUCUGGCCCGGGCUCACUUGGCCCGGUCAGUGAGCCCACUACUCCGCCGGAGUAUCGUGAUGCUCCUGUAUCUAGCGCCAUGUCUCGCCCUGCCCGCUUCUCAACCUCCAGUGUGACCUCGUCGCCCGGUUUCUUCAAUGCAUUCGCCGGCUCGCAGCUUACUUCACCUCAAGCUCCUUCGCAUGCGGCUCAAGGGUCCGUGGAUCGGUUUGCAGGACACUCUCUUCCUGGAUCUCGCCGCAACUCUGAGAAGGAGGAGUAUAUCAUGGAUCCCUCCUCCACCCUUCGCCCCAGUCCUUCCGUGCAUCGGUACUCGCUGCCUGCCAACAAUUUCAAUAGCCCAUACCGCCCCAAUGUGGGAGGUGGGGUUGAUUCGUUUGCCGCAGCCAAGCACCUAUUCAACCGUGAUGACGACAAGCAUUCUCUUUUCAAUGCCGAGCACCGACUGUCUACUCCGGACAUUCAGGGUUACAUGAAGAUGACUGAGCCUGAUGACAAGUUCCCGACUCUUUCUCGUCGCGAUGGUUCCAACAUGCUUUCCGCAAACCCUGAUGCGAUUGACUUAGCCAACUCUCGCGCGCCCGGCCCUGAGAAUUACUCGUAUCACAAUCGUCACCGCUCGGCUCACUCUGGCAUGCCUCAGAAUACUUCAGGUAAUCUUCGUUUGGAUCACCUGAGCAGCCCAACUCAUGAGGAGCACGGAAGUGGGGUUCAUUCACGCCAUCUCUCUCGUCACUCACUUGAGGGUGGUUUCAUCUUCCCCAAUGAGCGUACUUCUGACGCAACAACCCCUGUGCCCUCAAGCCGCCCCACUGCUCUUCAGACGUCCUACUCCACGAAUGACCUUCCAACCGUGAAGGGCAACGGUUUUGAUGCGGCCAUUACCCCUCCCAAGAACCACACGGAGCAUCUUCAUCAGCACAACGCGAGUCUGGGACGGAUCCCCGCCGGUGCUGUCAGUAACCGACCUGCCAAGCAGGACUCACCUGAGUCCGACGGACCCAAGAGCACGAGCAACCAAGUCAACCACACCAUGCUGCAGGCAAGUGCGGCACCCUUCGGUCCUCAGAUGACAUCGGCCGCCCCCAACACCGCCGUGACUGGAUCUGUUGGCCCCAAUGGCUUGCCCUUCCCUCUCUAUGGCUAUGGCAUCCAAGGCUAUGUUGGACAGCCGACUCAGACCCCCAACCAGAUUCCCUCCUUCGGUGCUCCCAGCGCCUUUGGUGGCUACCCCAACUACGCUGGUGGAUACCGAUUGAAUGAGGCUGCUACUCGCGGUGGGAUUCCCCCUCAGCGUCGCCAGACUGAGGGAGAGGCUUCGCAGUUGACUCGGUUCACAAAUUUCCCACUCGAGCACUACAAGGGUGAGCUGUACAGUCUGUGCAAGGACCAGCAUGGCUGCCGUUAUCUGCAGCGCAAGCUGGAGGAGCGCAACCCGGAGCAUGUCCAACUGAUUUUCAGUGAGACCUACAUGCACGUGAUCGAACUGAUGACUGACCCCUUUGGCAACUACCUGUGCCAGAAGCUUCUUGAGUUUUCCAAUGAUGAGCAGCGCACCGCACUUAUCGACAACGCCGCCCCUCAGCUGGUCAAGAUUGCCCUUAACCAGCAUGGAACCCGUGCUCUGCAGAAGAUGAUCGAGUUCAUCUCGACUUCUGAACAAACCCAGACCGUGAUUAACGCUCUGAAACAGCACGUUGUUGAUCUUGUUCAGGAUCUGAAUGGUAAUCAUGUCAUUCAGAAGUGCCUUAACCGUCUCGGUGCGGAGGAUGCUGAGUUCAUCUACGAAGCCGUCGGCACACACUGUGUCGUUGUCGGCACUCAUCGUCAUGGAUGCUGUGUCUUGCAGCGGUGCAUCGACCAUGCCUCGGGUUCCCAGAAGGCCAAGUUGAUCGCACAGAUCACCUCCAACUCGUUUGCCUUAGUCCAGGAUCCGUUCGGCAACUACGUUGUCCAGUACAUUCUGGAUCUUGCUGAGCCUCUGUUCACCAACCCGAUGUGCCGCACCUUCGCGGGCAAUGUGGCUUCUCUUUCGAAGCAGAAGUUCAGCUCCAAUGUCAUCGAGAAGUGCCUUCGCACUGCUGACAAUUCUGCUCGACGUGAAAUGAUCGAGGAAAUACUACAGGGCAACGAGCUUGAGAAGAUGCUUCGCGACUCGUUUGCCAACUACGUUGUCCAGACGGCCAUGGAUUUCGCUGACCCGGAAACCCGUCAGCACAUUGUCGACGCCAUUCGUCCCAUCCUGCCUACCAUCAGACAGACCCCCCACGGACGUCGCAUUGCUGGUAAGAUGAUGGCAUCUGAGACCUCUGGCCGCAGCAGUGGCAACAACAGUGGACAGGUUACUCCGAACGAGCUGCCCAACAGUUCUCACGGCGCCCAAAUCCCCAAGAUGCUGCAGAAGCCCUUCAUGUACCAGGGCCCCAGUAAUGGGGCCAACAAUUUCAAUGGUGGCUACCUGCCAACACCUGCCACCAGUUCGAACACCACCCCACCCAGUGGACCAGGCGAUAGUCCUUCGGCAUACAAUCUCCAGGCACCCCAGGCCAGCAACUUCACUACGCCGAACCCGCUCUAUGCCUACUUCUAA